UUCUGAAGGAGGCGACUUCCCUGCAGCAGGGAAAGGUGGCUGUCAAGGCUGGAGAAUGCCUUUCCAAUGGGAAGAGUCCAAGUCUUUUCUGCGCAGAAAGCUCCAAGGAACAAUAUAUUUGUUUCGCAAAUCACAGCGGUCUCUUCUGGGCAAGUUAACACAGGAAUUUAGAACAGUAGCUGCUGAUCGAAGGUCAUGGAAGAUCUUGCUGUUUGGUGCAAUAAAUAUAGUAUGUACUGCAUUCCUGCUUAUGUGGUGUAGUUCUACAAACAGCAUAGCUUUAACUGCAUAUACCUAUCUAACAAUCUUUGAUCUUUUCAGCUUAAUAACAUGCUUAAUAAGUUAUUGGGUGAUGAUGAAGAAGCCCAGUUCCUCAUAUUCAUUUGGAUUUGAGAGAUUGGAAGUCCUAGCAGUAUUUGCUUCUACAGUUCUUGCACAACUUGGAGCGCUUUUUAUACUUAAAGAAAGUGCUGAACGAUUUGUUGAACAACCAGAGAUUCAUACGGGUCGAUUGCUGGUUGGUACCUUUGUGGCACUCACUUUCAACUUGUUUACAAUGCUUUCAGUUAAGAACAAACCAUUUGCUUAUGUGUCUGAAGCUGCAAGUACAAGUUGGCUUCAGGAACAUGUUGCAGAUCUCACUAGGAGCUUGUGCGGUAUCAUUCCUGGGCUGAGUAGCAUCUUUCUUCCACGUAUGAAUCCAUUCAUCUUGAUUGAUCUUGCUGGGGCUUUAGCUCUUUGUAUUACAUACAUGUUAAUCGAAAUUAAUAAUUAUUUUGCAGUUGAUACAGCUUCUGCAGUGGCUAUUGCUUUGAUGACAUUUGGUACCAUGUAUCCUAUGAGUGUCUACAGUGGAAAGGUAUUGCUUCAGACAACACCGCCUCAUGUGAUUGGACAACUAGAUAAACUUAUACGAGAGGUUUCUACUUUGGAUGGAGUUCUAGAAGUUCGAAAUGAACACUUCUGGACAUUGGGGUUUGGUUCAUUGGCUGGAUCGGUUCAUGUGAGAAUUCGAAGAGAUGCCAAUGAACAGAUGGUACUUGCACAUGUGACAAAUCGGUUACAUGCCUUAGUAUCUUUUUUGACUGUUCAGAUUUUCAAAGAUGACUGGAUUAGGCCUACUUUGGCCACUGGACCUAUUGGGAACAAUAUGCCGAACCUUUCAGAUCAUUACAUUAUUCCAAUGCCAUCUCUAAAAGCAGCAGAAAGUUCUGACCAUGUUACAUCCACUCCAACUAAACCAAGUAGUCCACCUCCAGAAUUUGCUUUUAACACACCAGGUAAAAAUAUGAACCCUAUCAUUCUCAUGAACACUCAGACAAGGCCCUAUGGAUUGAACUUCAACCAUGGAACUGUACCUUACAACAGUGUCUUCACUCAAGGCUUUGGAUUGCCAGGAACGGGAGUAACCCAGGGAUUCAGGACUGGCUUCAUUAAUGUUCCCCAGAGAUAUGGAACUAGUACUCGAGGUCAGUUAAAACCCUAAUAAACUGUUUCUAUAUUUAUUGUUAAAAAUUACUUCAAUUAUUUUAUUGCUCAUUUUUCUACAAGACUGUUUGAUUUCUUGGUAACUAGUAUCAGAAGUUUUCAAAAUCAUGAAAACGUGCACUCAUGGAUUGACUUAAUUUUUGAUGCAGCUAUCCAUUUCUGACUGUAAAGCCAUAGCUUUAUAAAAAGUUAUUGCAAUUGCAUAUAUUGCUGGUCUUGUAAAUAAUUUCAGCACAGUAUAUGAAAGGAACGCCAGAAAAUAACGGUUUUGCAAAGUGUCUAUUAACAAAAUUAUUUUUUUUAAAGUUUGUCUUUGAUAUAAUCAUGCAAUCAUUUUUAAAAGAUACUUUCUGAACAAUGGAAAAAUGAUUAUUUGGUCCAGCAGCAAGCAUUCCUAAAAUUCAGGUUGAUAUUAAAAUAGUUAUGGGUAAUCUUGCUCAUGAAGUGCAGAGGAGAACUCAUGAAAUAUGACAGUGUGGGAAGAAGACAAAGGUCAUCCAGCUACCUGUAACUGAUUAUUAAGAAUACAUUUCUCACAUACAGAGUUACUUUUCUGGAAGAAAAUUGGCAUCGGAGAUUUUAAACAGGAACAUGUGGACGGUUAGACUUUAGGGACAAGUUUCUCCCCUCCUCCAAGAGCAUAGGCCUGAGGGAAAGAGCUGAAGUGGUCCUGGGUACAUGAAGAGCUUAAAAUUCCAGAAAAAGGCCUAUAGCUGUGGUAGAGAUAGAGAGGGAUUCUUAUGGUGGUGUUUAAUUACAGAGGAGGGAAAUGGAAUUAAGAGUAGAGAUGAAGAUUCAGAGGGUGAAGCAAAGAAGGCUCUGUCUUUAUCUCCCAACAUCAAUAUAAAUUUCAGGCUGAGGAGAACUGCAGGUGGACCAAAGGAAAAUAGCAUUUGGAUUUUGAUUGACAGGGAAGGAAAUGCUGAAAAAUACAGCUCAGAAUUGCUAAGCAAUAAAAACAACUGAUUUAGCUACUAUCCUGAAAGAAUCUACAAUAGAAUGAGUGUUGAUCUAGCAGACUGUUGUGGUAAUUUCAGUAUUCAACAUUCAUUCUUUUUAGCCUGAUUGAAAGAUUGCUUCAUUUUAAGCCUUCUUCCCUCCUUUGCCUUGAUUUUAUGACCCAGAGCUUCUGUAGCCUGUGCUAUCCUUCCUGGUGCAUACAUAUGCACAAACGUGUAUAGAUGAAGAA